UAGAAAACAGAACAGAGAGAAAGCUGCUACAUGAGCUUGGUUUCAGUGAAGUGGAGUCGUUGUUGUGAUAUCUCCAUCGAAAUUCCACACAAUUUCUGAAAAUCUAAGCAACUUCACCACUUAGUUACCGUUUGUUCCCAUAACCACAGAUCCACCGUUUUGUUUUUUCAUUCUAUUUUUCCGUUUUCCCGAAAAAGUGUGGGAAAACAAUGGAAACGAUGAACAAAGCCUUCGAGAAAGUGAAGAUAAUGGUGGGAAUGGACGUCGAAGACGAAGAGCAGCAAGCUGCAGCAUUGGAAAACAGCAGCUCAUUCGCCUUUGUGGACGAUUUCAACCGCAACUGCACCUUGUCCACCACACAGAGACUAUAUGGUUUUGCCAUAUGCUUUGCUGCUGGAUUAACUUGUACACUAUUGUCUAUGCUUGUUUUCUUCAAGCCAAUCAAGUUUGCAAUAGCAUUUACUCUUGGUAAUUUGCUUUCACUUGGAAGCACAGCAUUCCUGAUAGGUCCUAAGAGGCAAGUGACAAUGAUGCUUGAUCCUGUUCGUAUAUAUGCAACUUCCAUAUACAUUGCAAGUAUGAUAAUCGCCUUGUUUUGUGCUCUGUAUGUCCAUAACAAGUUACUGACAUUUCUUGCACUUAUUUUGGAGUUUGGGGCACUUGUUUGGUAUAGUUUGAGCUACAUCCCUUUUGCGAGGUCCAUGGUUUCAAAGAUCAUGGCUUCAUGCUUUGACACUGAAUUUUAGGCUAUAAACUCAAAAGAUUGUGGCAUUGUCGGUCAAACUCACUUCAUUGACACCCUCAAUAUCCCUUGAAGUCCUAAAGAAAAGGGUUUCUGCCGCUGAAAUACAGUUAUGAAUUAUGAUUUUCUUUAUUGUCUGCUCUUUCCUUUGGUGGAGUCUUGUACAGGUUCUACCAGAUUGUUAGACUUAAAAUGUUGUGCAUUUGUAUUAUGUUGUCAAUGAGCUAAUGUAAAGAUUUUCGUUUCUCUCA